CCACGCCGCGUUAGCAGGCUUAUAAAACAACCCGCAGCUGGGCAACUCCGGUCCGCAUAUCGCCGGUGGUCUCCGAAGCGAGAGGGAGGGGAGCUAAAUCCACGGGAUAAAUGCAGCUCAAUGAAAGAUCCGAGAGGCUUCGUGGUGGUAAGAUCUUUAUCUGGCUCUUUUAGAAGAAAUACCCAAGAUAUCACCGAGGCGAUCUAUAUUUCAUAUUUUACCACAUGAAAUACAAUUAGGACUCAAACCUCAAAGUAUAGCCUAUACCCAUGCUGUUUGUGACUUUUUGAAUUGUUGUUGAAUAGCAACCAUACACCGAUUUUCAGAUUAAAAAACUAUUAAAUACAUUAUUUGUAAAAGUUCUGUCCAAAAAUGGUGAUCACAAUAAUGCUUUGAAUCCGAAUUUUUUAAGCUGGAAAUUCGAAGAGCACUUUAUGUUCUGUUUUGUUGUCAUGCCAGUUAUUUUGCAUACUAUGAAAUUAGAAAGAUCUCACGUAUUUCUGUUUGCAGGACUGUCGUCUAAAAGACCACGACCAGGUUUAUAAUGGAAUUAAUAUUGCCCUGAUUUUAUUUAUUUGUUUGUUUGUUUAUUUCAAAUAACGAAAUUAUUCUGAAUGAUCAGAUACAGUCUUUGACUGUCGUUUAAGUUUAAUGUCUGUUCUCUGUCAGGGUCAUAAUUACUCUGUAUGGUUGAAAGUCUAUGGCGAGUGAGAACAAGCCCGCGUCGGUAAUGGAUGACAGCCCCACGCCCAGCCCGAGCUGCAGUCCCGGCUCUGAAAUACCAUCUCCGGACAGGCGUCGCAGCGAGACGCUGACGCGGCCCAGGCUGGUCCCGACCGUCGGCCUCACCGGCAGAGGCCGCCCAGCCGCCGCCAACGCGGCUAGGGAGCGAAGCCGGGUGCAGACCUUGCGGCACGCCUUCCUGGAGCUGCAGCGGACUUUGCCGUCAGUACCACCAGACACCAAGCUGUCCAAACUCGAUCUGCUGAUACUGGCCACCACGUACAUCGCGCACCUGACCAAAACCUUACAAGAAGAGGGGAUGGAGGAAGGAGAGAGCACGAGGCAAAGCGAGGUCUUACACUCCCUAAAGGGCGAGGGCUAUCUGCACCCAGUCAAAAAAUGGCCAAUGCGAUCCAGGCUUUACGUUGGGGCAACCGGACAAUUUCUGAAUAGCUCAGGGCAAACCGAAAACUCAAACCAAAGCAAAUCAUCUAACUCUCAGACAUAACUUUGCCGAAUUUCCCUUCGAUGGUCCGUGAAAAGAAGGACAGGACGUGGAGACGGACACGGAAAGCGCCUUUGACAGCCGCCUGCAGUCCGACUUCGGACCCCGUCGUUUCUGCCUACUUCUUGUAGCUACCUUAUUUUUCAAUAACUUAUGUAUAAAAUAUAUACGUGUCAUGUCUUCUAAAGGAAUUCUUUGUAAAUUUAUGACGCAGCACAAUUCAUGUGAAAAUCCGCACUAUAGGUUAUUUGAGUUUAAAGUAAUGAUGGCGGAGUGAAACAGAAAUAUGUAUGUUGGCAUGAAAAAUAAAGUGUACAUGUAUGUCUUCUGCCGUAAAGCUGAUCGUGUUAGGUUUUG